AUGCACUGGUCCUCUCAAAGUUCACGUAUGCUGAUGUUCUGCUAUGGCUCGAAUAUGCUAGCGCGUACUAAGAACGCAAUACAGCGUGUGCAAAAUGCAUGUGCAAGAUAUAUCUGGAACAUCCCACUCCGUAUUCAUGUCUCACCCUUUCUUCUGAGUGCUGGCGUACUCAGAAUGGAGCAGCGUCGACGCCUACAUUUUGCAUCCCUUCCAUUUGACGUGGUUCUAUCUAAGGCUCCAUCAUAUCUAUACGAUAAACUAACAUGGUUUGGGGAUGGAAACAAUAGAUAUCAUACCAGAAUUGCUCUAUAUGGCCUGGAAAUGCCCCUGUACCACACCACGGCAUUUAGGGGCAGUUUUGCGUACAAUGCGACGAAAUGUUGGAACAACCUUCCACCACCAAUACCAGCCUCUAAAACUUGCAUUGAAAAUGCGUCAUUACAAAUGCGGGAUGCAGAUCAGAUUCGUGAUCGGGGCUGGUUGAAAUUCAAUGAGCAGACGAGCUGCCUCGAUAGAGGUUUUGUCAUGCCUUAA